CUUUAAUGGGAGCGUGGACAAACGUAUUUUGUAAUCUGCAGAAACCCCAUCUGUUAUCUUCUUCUUCCUCAACUCCUCAACCAAUUCUGGUUCUUCUAGUCCAUGCUCUGUUCUUUAAUUAAUAUUCAGAGAGAGCUCCGAAAUUUUAUCUUUUGCUUUCUACUCUACGCAAUCUUCCCUGUUUUCUAGCUCCAAUUCUCCCAUGUGCAACCCCAUAUCCAUCGUCUCCACGCUUUGGAAACCCUCGACUAGCUCUGAGACUUCAGAACUGAAAAUUAUGCAAUAUAAUAACAUAAUUGAUAGUCAAUGGUCUGCCAUGGACGGGGGUUUUGAGUUGGAUUGGAAAUUUAUGUAGAGGUUUGUGUGGAGGGGCAUGGAUCUGCAGAGCCAUCCUCAGCCCGAGUUGGGGCGGUUGGAACAAAUAGUUUCGCAAUUUCUUUUGAAGAGCUUGCACAUUGUACUAGACUCUAGGAUCCCUUCUCUUCGGCCGGCCCGUGAUCGGAGUGGUAAUGUUUCGGGGAUUUCUCGGGUUAGGAAGAGUGACAAAUGGUUCAGUUUACAACUAGGAGACCGCCCUGCUGCUUUGGAUAAUUUGCAUUUCUGGCAUAGGAACUUGAUGGAUCCUAUGAUAAUUGAUAUAAUACUUGUUCGGGAAGGGUCAAAUUCUUCAUCGUCUAUGGACAAUGUAUAUAGUACUGCAGCAGUAGGGACAUCGGUUGAGACUGUAAUAGAGAGGUGGGUUGUUCAGUACGAGUCUCCACGGUUGAUGGCUACUCCUACUGGUGAAAGUUCAGCCACCUACAAGAAAAUUUACAAGAAGUUGAUCAUACUUUUGCGGUCACUUUAUUCAACAAUGAGGCUUCUUCCUGGCUAUCGGGUUUUUCGGCAGCUAAGUUCAUUGACUCAAAGUUACGAUUUCGAUAUAAUUUACAAGGUUUCAUCGUUUACUGAGCCGUUCUCAAGGGCAGAGGAGGAAGUGAUGAAGCAUUAUAGUUUUUUGCCUGUAGAGGCCCUUUCUGGUCGCCUCUGUAUAUCUGUGACAUAUCAUCAAACACUUUCUGAUUUCAACCUUGAGCCCUUGACAGCGUUUCCGCCAACGAUUAUUACAGAUUAUGUUGGUAGCCCUGCUGCUGAUCCUCUGAAGGCUUUCCCCUCGUCAGAGAAGGGUAUUCGUGCUACUUCCUUUCCAUUGCGAGGACGAGGAGUACGAUCUCCGUCUUCUGCACCAUUUCAACGCCCACACAGCUGGACGAGUGGUGGCCACAGAGGAGCUCCUUUUACACCAAAUCAACCUCUCAGUGGGUCUCCACCGGCAUUUCGCAUGCCUUAUAUGCCAUAUGAUCUUCCGACUCAACCUCUUGAUAUAUAUGGUCAUGGGGUCCAAAACUAUAGACCCCCAACCCAUCAGAAGGCUACCAGUUUUGAUGAGUAUCAACUUUCACCUCCAUUUUCGCCAUCACAGUCCCCAUCUCCCCCAACAUACUUUUCCAGUAGUAACCCUAUGUAUUCUCGUUUCUCUUCAGAAACUGCUCCUGUAACUAUCCCACUUCCAUUGGUGGGCAGAGGCUCUAGGUACCUUUCGCCAAAUUCAUCUGAUCCUAGUAGACAUUCUCUUCCACCUCUGUCUCCCAGGAGCACAAGGCAUGAUCCUUCAUCACAGGAGUCUCCAUCGGGAAAUAGGUCAUUUAGAAAAACAGAAGGUUUAAGGAUAGGAGAUUACUCUGGGACAACAAAUAAUUAUUCUGGUCAGAAGGUAUUGAAAGAUAGCAAAGAUGAUUCAGGGCGGUUCUCGGGGUUGCUAUCUUCCAGUGGCUCACCACGUAUUGGCUUUUCAAGAUGCUCUAGCAGAUUAUCUUUCCAGGAUGACUUGGAUGAUUGUGACUUCACUGGUCCUUUUGAUGUGGAUGAUGUUGAUACAACAGAUUCCCAUGCCAGUCGGAACCUUGAUGGGAAAAGAGCCUCAGAGUUUCCUUCACUGGCAUUUCCAAUGACUGGAAAAUCACCAGAUGCUGCUGUUGGUGUUCUUGUUAACAUGCUAAGGAGGGCGCCUCCUCUGCGCCAAGAUCCAAGUUGUUGCUCAUCCCACUCUUUGAAGACUGAACCCGAGGGAGAAGCGGGUGCAGCAUCUGAAUUUUUUAUGGCUCGAAAGACAGCUGAUGCACUGGAAGAGCUCAGGAGUUACAAAGAAAUGAAAGACUUGCUGCUCUCUAAGAGUGGAGCACAUGUUGUUACUAGAGAAGAAACUUAAGCCUCCUGCUCCUCAAGGAAAGCAGUACCACAUACUGGUUCUUAUACAUACUUUCCUGAAACUGAAAACUAACAAAUUCUGUACAUAUGAUAACUGAAAAUUGGUUACCAUCCUCAAAUCAAUUGCCUGAUUCUGAUGACAGUUUAUUUGUUGCUAAGAAGCUAAAUUUUUUUGAGGAUACUGUUGAAAUCAUUGGUGUACUAAAAUUGAACCCAGUUUGCUUUA